AUGGCUGCAUCGCCAUCGAGAUCUCUUUCCUUACCAAAUUUUGCCACCCAGCAAGACAAUCACGAUCUUGAAGAUAUCGAGCGAUUCGGCCGACCACUCUGCGACGUCCCGUUAUUCCGAACCAGACUCAUCCCGUCGACUUUGGCAGAGCAGCCCGAGGACCGCAAGAUGUCUGAUCUGGGCUUCAGCUUUUUGCCAAGCUCAUAUGUGCGUAGUGAUCACUCAGCGGAACUCGGGCUCGAUGAGCUGCCGCCGCCAAUUAGCGCCAUCUCCAGAAGGAUGCACCAAACCGAGCCCAGAUUGAAGAGCAGCAGCACUAGCAAGCAUCGCCGGUCAAAACAACACAAAUCCAGUUCGCGGAAAGCAACACCAUCUUGCGCCUCAAGCAAACAGAGGCUCUGCGGGCUCAAGCUCAAUGACUCUACCCCGUCUUGCGAGUUCUGCCACGUGGAGCAGACACCCAAGUGGCGUGAAGGGCCCAAUGGACCUCGCAGCCUCUGCAACGUGUGCGGCUUGAUCUACGCAAAGCGAGAAGAAAAGGCGCGAUCCUUUUUGAUGGCUCGCGAAUUCUCUAUCAACUCAUCAUCUGGAACAUCAUCGGGGACUCACAGCACAUCACCAACCUCAAAUACACUAUACGUAUCGACAGCAAUGCAUUGUUAG